AUGUUUCACCCAGACCGACCCGGACCGACCCGGACCAACCUAGCGAUCCGGACCGACCCGGACCAACCCAGCGAUACGGACCCACCCAGCGAUCCAGACCGACCCAGCGAUCCAGACCCACCCAGUGUCGUGAUGCGGACCGACCCGGACCGACCCAAUGAGGAUCUCAUAAAGUACGGAUGGCCCGAAGACAUCUGGUUUCAUGUGGACAAACUGUCUUCGGCUCACGUCUACCUGAGACUGCCAAAGGGUAAAUCCAUAGAGGACAUCCCCCCUGAGGUGCUGGUAGACUGCGCCCAGCUGGUGAAGAACAACAGCAUCCAAGGCUGCAAGAUGAACAACAUUAACGUGGUGUACACGCCGUGGGCCAACCUGAAGAAAACCGGAGACAUGGACGUAGGACAGAUCGGCUUCUUUAGACAGAAAGAGGUGAAGGUCGUGGCGGUGGAGAAGAAGGUCAACGAGGUCGUGAACCGCCUGGAGAAGACCAAAGUGGAGCGGUUCCCCGACCUGGCGGCGGAGAAGGAGUCCCGGGACCGAGAGGAGAGGAACGAGAAGAAAGCUCAGCUCCAGGACCAGAAGAAGAAAGAGAAGGAGGAGCAGAGGAUGAGGAAAGAGAUGGAGGAACUCAAGAGCUACACGGCUCUGAUGAAGGGAGAAAACAUGACGACUAAUGAGGUGAGGACUCAAAAUAUUAAUCAAUAUAUACUAAUUAAUAACUAA